GGCUUUGACGUCAUCGGGGUCUUUUCUCGUGUGGCUCCGUGAGGGUCAUGCAGUCAGUCUGAUCUCUGUUAUUAUUAUUAUCAUAAUUUCUCUCGUCUGAUCUCGUGUCGUGUUGUUGGAUCUCUCUCGUCAUGAUGGGCGGCAGCAGCAGCAGGAUCGCGGCGGGUUUGGGCGCGGCGCUGUUCGUCGGUUACUGCAUUUAUUUCGACAGAAAGAGACGGAGUGACCCAAACUACAAGAACAAACUACGAGAACGAAGAAAAAAGCAGAAGGCAGCUCAGGAGAAAGCUGGAUUAUCAAGGUUACCAGACCUCAAAGACGCUGAAGCCGUUCAGAAGUUCUUCCUGGAGGAGAUCCAGCUGGGAGAAGAGCUGCUGGCUCAGGGUGACUAUGAGAAGGGUGUGGACCACCUGACGAAUGCGAUCGCCGUGUGUGGUCAGCCACAGCAGCUCCUGCAGGUUCUGCAGCAGACGCUUCCUCCUCCGGUCUUCCAGAUGCUGCUGACCAAACUGCCCACCAUCAGCCAGCGUAUCGUCAGCGCUCAGAGCGUCAGUGACGACGACAUCGAGUAGCAGGAACUCCAGUGGCUCUGUGACAUCACUUCCUGUCUGCCGUCUGCCCAUUUCCAUCCACUGAUCAAACACUGAACGCACAGAUAUGGAUUUGAAGAAGCGUUCGAAAUGAAAUGUGUGUUCUCUAAAUUGAGUCUGAAAUGAGCUUGUUGAAGGUGACGUGAGUUUUAGUGUAUAUGAAUGACGAGCAUGACCUGUAAACAUCGAUUAUUUUGUCUUUUUUUACUAACAAAUUAUUGCAGUUUUUGUUCAAAAAAAAAAAACAUCCAGUAAAUAAAUCGCUCAUAGACAGGAUGUUUACAGUGUCUUUUGUCUGUCAUUGAUUAAUGCUGAAGCAGCUGCUGUGGUUUAUCUGUGUUCAUGUAUUUAAGUUAUUGUCAAAGGCUGUCUGAUGGGGGAUUGUGGGAUAUGAAGCACGUUUAAUGGUGCUCUGUUUCAACUAGGGAAGAGUUUCCUCUUUUUUUUAAACUCCAAAUAAAAACAGAUGAAUCAAAGUCA